ACAUAUGCUACUCUGUGUAUACACAAGCUGCUGCACAUUCACAAAAGACGCAGGACCAGAGCAGAGCCAGUCUGUGCUGUCUGAAGUUGAAAAUGAACCACUCCAUAUUCACAGCUGUGCUGUUGGGAGCAGUCUAUGUCCUUGCCCAAGUUGAGGCUCAUUUAGAUGUCCAAGUUGUAGCCUGCCUGACCAAUGACACUGCUCCAGAGACUGGGAUGCAGUUGGAUGGAGAUGAGAUAUAUCAUGUCGACUUUAAAAACCAAAAUGUCAUUAUUUCCCUGCCUGACUUUGCUGAUGAGUUUACUUAUCCCGGCAAGUAUGAAUGGGCAAAGGUGGAUCAUGCUACCUGCCUUAGAAACUUGGAUGUGGCUGUCAAAUCUGAAAAUAACCCACCUGAGGCAAUAGAUCCUCCUGAGAGCACAGUCUAUACAAUGGAAGAAGUCGAGCUGGGGAAGAAGAACAUCCUGAUAUGCUUCGUGAACAAUUUCUUUCCCCCUCCUGUCAAAGUGACGUGGACCAAGAAUAAUGCUGAAGUGAAGGAUGGAGUGACUCUAAGCCGCUACUAUCCCAACCGGGAUUUUACCUAUCAACAGUUCUCCACUCUGAGCAUCACUCCUGAGGAGGGGGAUGUCUACUCCUGCACCGUGGAGCACAAGGGGCUUCAAUAUCCCCUAACCAAGAUCUGGGAGCCUGAAGCCAACACUGAAUCAGACAUGGGAGCAACAGUGUUCUGUGGAAUCGGACUGACCCUGGGUCUGCUGGGAGUGGGAGUUGGAACUUUUUUCCUCAUAAAAGGAAAUAACUGCAACUAAAAGAGAUCUUCAUGAGGACUCAAGGCCAAGGCAUGAAGAAGACGUAGCUAUUACUCAUGAUCAGGGUGUUAAAAUAAAUGUCCUUUAUGUUGUAAAUACAGAUUUCAAUAUUAAUUGCGAUUUAGAAAUACAACCAGUACACUGAAUAAUUCAGAAAGUAUCUGUUUUGCUCUUUUUUUUAUGACAAAACUAAAACUACAAAAACAAGGAAAAAAACUUAUUACAGCAGACAUUGGCCCUGCGUAUAAAGUGGUCUAUGAAUCCAGUAAGAUCCAGUAAUGAACUGUAUCUGCACCAAUUUCUUCUAAACUAUUCCCAUCAUAGUGUAUCAAUAUGUAAUUAGAGAUACAUUUUUGAGGGAAUUCCUAAUUGUGGAUACAUAAUACGCUUGUACAAACAGUGAAAGUGCAGUUAACCCUUUUAGUGCCAAGACUGCCUUAUGGCACUGAGGCUUAACUAGUGUAAAGCUAUACUAUUUUUUCAGCUCCUGUAAAAACUCAACUACAGUCUCAACUUUCUCAACCUUUUGGGUGGAGCCACUUCAUAUUGGUCUUGGGACUGAAAGGAUUAAUCCGUUUUUUACUUGGUGGCUUAUACAUUAUUUUUGGCAGCACUUCAAUAAGGUUUUGCAAAUUAGCCAUAAACCAAUCUAUUUGUAAAUGAUAGAUGGUAUAUUUCUUACUGUUAAAUCAUAAAUAAAGUUUACAACCAUG